GAAAGGGAGAGAAAGUGCGAGAAAAAGAGAGAGAAAAUCACCAGAAACCACAACAGAACAGGACAAAGCUCUUUUCAAUAACUCUGUCUUUUCAACCUUUUUAACUCUACUCCGAAAGAACCUUCCGUUGUUUACUCCUAAAAACCUCUCUACAUGCCCACUCUCUCUCUCUUAAAAAAAACUCGUUUGUUUGAUUUGAAGGUCUCUUCAAUGGCGGACAGUGAGGGUAGCUCGAUCGCCGGAGGGAGCUUUUCUCAGCUUCUUUUCGCCGACGACGAUGUGGGUCUUGAUACAGAUGGUUGUUACAACUAUACCUCUUCUUUUUCUACUGAAAAUCCUCCGAAAAUGCUCUGUUUUGGAGAUUAUAAUCGCAUUGGAAGUGAUGUGGGGGUGUCUGAAACAACCACAAGAACAGCUCAGAAAUCUAGACUCACAUGCAGCGAUUCAUCUUCUGCAUCAUCCACCACCUCCACUUCCACCACCACUUUGUCCAAAGCCAAUAAAAGGCGAAAUGGGUUGGGAAAUCAAUCAAUUCAGAGUUUUAUAGCUGGAAUCAGAGCUCCGGCGGGAAGUCAGAGGAACUGUAAGAAGACCAAGUCGGAGAACUCGACGGUCACCGGACAUGGAAAGGUGAAGAGAGAAAAGCUUGGCGAACGAAUCACUGCAUUGCAACAACUCGUAUCACCCUAUGGAAAGACAGAUACGGCAUCAGUACUUCAUGAAGCGAUGGGAUACAUCAGGUUUCUGCACGAUCAAGUCCAUGUCUUGUGUUCUCCUUACUUGGAACGUCUCUCCUCUUCUACUCUUCUUCUUCACCGUCCUCCUCCUGAAGAAGGAGAGAAUGGGGAAGGCAAUUCAAGAAAGGAUCUGAGGAGCAGGGGUCUCUGUCUUGUCCCGAUAGAGUGUACCGAACACAUUGCAAACAACAAUGGUGCUGAUUUCUGGUCACCUGCAAUGGGGAACAAUGUUUCACCAAAGCACUGAGAAAUUUCAAGCCCUCUCUUGUCUUGUACAAUGUUUCUGCCUAGUAAAAAGAAUUGGUAUUAACAUAGGAGGUGGAGGUGAAAAGCUAGUUCUUGGCAAACAUGAAAACCUGAAUACAUGGUUAGGAGAAGACAAACUAAGAAAGAAAAAGUAGAAAAUGUGUUUCUUUUUUUGGGUGUAGAGAAGGGGGGGUUGGAGUGGGGAAGCAGUGGUUGAAUGGUUUUUGGUUUUAGAAGUGAUGAUGUAUGUAUGUGGUAGUUUUUGAGGGGUUGAAAAUGGCUUAGCAAGUUAGCAUAUACCGACACCUCUGUACCUUUUUUUUUUGGUUCUUCUUUUUUGGGUCUUUUUGAGGCAUUAUCAAAUUAUCAUCACUAUGCUUAUCAUUUAUUUU